AUGUCUUUAGCGGAGGAUUUUCAGGUUAGACUGAAGUUUGAUUAUGUGCUUUCCCACUCUGCGGGAUUGUUGUGGGUUUUCUAUAAUUCUCCUUUUAGUUGUUCUACUAUGGGUGAGGGUGCUCAAUUUUUAUCUUUAUUUAUUCAACAUCCCGGCUUGGUGAGUUCGGUUUCCUUCUCGGCGGUAAAUGCGGCCACCACUGGGGAGGAACGGCAGGCUCUUUGGGCGGGGUUGCUCCAAUGCAAACCCUCACACGGCCCAUGGCUGGUGUGUGGUGAUUUUAAUGUUGUUAUUAAGGAGGAGGAAAAGAAGGGGGAACGGCCGUUUACAGUAGCUGAGGCAACUGAUUUUGUGGCUUUCAUAAGUUCUGCUGGAUUGGUGGAUGGCGGUUUUUCAGGUUCACGAUUUACCUGGUGCAAUAAUUGCCAUGGCCCCGCUAGGAUCUGGAAACAUUUGGACCGCUUAUUGAGGAAUGUGGAUUGUUUUGAUGCUGGUCUGGCGAUUGGUGUUGCUCACUUGGAACGUCACCCCUCCGAUCAUGCACCAUUGUUACUCUUCGCUGGUACAAGGUUGGAUGGACCACGUGGGAAAUUUUUCGAAAUUUGUAGCAAAGGUGGAAGAGGAUGUUGGAAGGUUCGAGAGAAGAUUAUAAGAUGGGGGGUGCAUGCGGAGCUUCAGCAGGCCCAGGCCUCGUUGAGACGCGCGUUAGCCAUGGAGGAGUCACUGUGGAGGCAGCGAGCUCGGGUCAAAUGGCUGGCUGUUGGUGAUCGUAACACUAAGUUCUUUCAUUCGGUGGUAAAGCAACGGCGUAUGAAUUCGAUUAUUCAUCGGAUUCAGAAGCCUGAUGGGGGAUGGGUUAAUGAGGAUACGCUCAUUGGUGAGGAGGCAGUGCGGUAUUUCUCCUCCUUAUUCUCAUUGGAGGAUGCCCCUGGGAUACGGGAUGUGCCCGAUGUUAUUCCCCGACUAGUGUCUAUGGAGGACAAUGAGCGAUUGGAGGAGGUCCCGUCCUUGGAGGAAGUCUGGCAAACAGUUCGUGAAAUGGAUGGGAAUAGUGCUGCAGGUCCUGACGGUUUCUCCGGCCGAUUUUUCUCUGCUGCUUGGGAGAUAGUUGGGAGUGAUGUGUAUAACGCUGUUCAGAGUUUCUUUUGCGGCUCUGAGUUUCCCAGGCUAAUCACUGCUACCUCCAUAGUGUUGCUGCCCAAGGUGCAACAACCGAAGGAUUUUUCACAGUUUCGCCUAAUUAGUCUAUGCAACUUUGUGAACAAGAUUUUCUCAAAAAUUCUGGUCCGCUGGCUGGCUCCGAUAUUACCUAAGAUUAUCUCCCCGAACCAGAGUGGGUUUGUACGGGGUCGGUCCAUCUCUGACAAUUACCUUCUAGCACAGGAAGUCAUUGCGGGCAUUAAGCGGAAGGCACGCGGGGGUAAUGUCAUGUUCAAGUUUGACAUGAUGAAAGCUUACGAUAGGAUGAUGUGGUCUUUCUUGAUAAAGGUCCUACACUCCUUUGGCUUUGGAGAACGUUGGAUUGAUAUGGUCUGGCGGGUUAUCUCCAAUGUUUGGUUUUCCGUCAUUGUAAAUGGCUCACUCUGUAGAUUCUUUAAGUCAGCUCGGGGGCUCCGCCAGGGGGAUCCUUUAUCGCCUGCUUUGUUCAUCAUUGGGACGGAGGUGCUUUCUUGGUCUUUAAGUCAGCUGGUGCAUCGACGGGGGUUUCAAGGGUUCAGGGUCCCACGAAGCUGUCCGACUAGUACCCAUUUGGGGUAUGUUGAUGAUGUGCUAAUUUUUUCAAGUGCGACCGCCACUUCUCUCCGGCUGGUAAUGAGGGUUUUAGAGGACUAUGAGGCGUCCUCUGGCCAGCUGGUGAAUAAAUCGAAGAGUUGCUUCUUAGGUCACACUAACUUGGGUAGGCCGAGGAUGAUGGUGAUCCAGCGGGCUACGGGUUUCAAGUCGUGCUCCUUUCCCAUCAGAUAUCUAGGGUACCCUCUGUAUUAUGGUCGACGGAAAAAGGAGUAUUUUGCUGGAUUAUGCCAGGCUGUGGUGAGCAAGAUUGAGUCCUGGAAGAACAGGUUGUUAUCUGCUGGGGGUCGGAUUGUACUAUUGAAGCACGUCCUAUCUGCUCUGCCGGUAUAUCUCUUAAUGGCUGCAUCACCUCCGAAAUCUGUGUUUAAAAAGAUUGAAGGCCCUUCUCAAAUUAUCUUUGGGGUGAGUCAGAGUGGGGUCACAAGCGUCAUUGGAUCAGGUGGCAAGAUCUAUGUGUGCCAGGGGAAGAAGGGGGCUUGGGGCUUCGACGGUUGGAGGAUAUACAUAGCGCUUUUUCCAUCAAGCUAUGGUGGAGCUUCCGUUCUCUGUCAUCUCUUUGGGCAACCUUUAUUAAGGCUAAGUACUGCGCGCAGGUGUGGGUGUUGCCCAUCUCCGAAGAUCGAGACUGUUGAGCAUGUCUUUGCUACUGGGGAGAUGGUGUCACGCGUAUGGCACUUUUUUGGGGAUCCAGUCCUUCCCUGCAGAUUGGGUGCAUUUCUAUGCAGAGAUUUCGGGGUGGGUCCCCCGGGUAUCCUAUACGCUAGUGCGUGGUCUCGACCUUCGGGGGAUUUUCUCAAACUCAAUACGGAUGGGUAUUCCAAGGGCAACCCUAGUGUUAGUGGGGGAGGAGGGAUACUUCGGGAUGGAGGUGGCCAUUUGCUUUUGGCGUUUUCCUGUUAUUUUGGUCAUGCUACAAGUCUUCAGGCUGAGGUUCCUGAGCUUCUGUUUGGGGUUAAGCUGUGCGUUCAAUGUGGCUUUGGCAGGUUAGAUGUUGAUUUAGAUUCACUCGUUUUAGUCCACAUCCUCCAAGGCAAGGCUAGCUGUCCUUGGGGUGUUUAUCAGGAGAUACAGUAG